AAAAAAAGAUGUAAUUCAAAUUGAAAGAAGCUCACAAAAAAGAGUGACUCAAAGAAAAGAGUGCCCACACGUUGCAGCUGUCUCCAGCCCAUUUCAAUUCCCUCCCAUCUCUCUUUCUCUUUAUAAAUCUCUUCUCUACCAUUCUACUCUCUUCAUCCCUUCUCACUCUCUUUCUCUCUCCAAAGCUUCAAUCUUUAUUCAAAAAUGGCGAUUGCCCAUUUACUAUCAAUACCCUUCAUGCUCAUCUUCCUUAACCAUCUAACAAAUGUAGCUUCAACUAAACCCACCACCGUUCAAACCCUCAACACAAACACCGAAUUUUUCAACCCAAAGCUCCCGCCCAGAACCAUUUCCUCUUCCAAGAGAUACGAGGGCUCAUCGGACCUGGUUAACCUCCGGUACCACAUGGGACCGGUUCUUUCAUCAGCUCCGAUCAACAUUUACCUCAUAUGGUACGGAAAAUGGGGUGUAUCCCAAAAACUUCUGAUCAAAGAUUUUCUUCUCUCAAUCUCAACCACCGACCGUCGAGCCGCGCCGUCUCCUUCCGUCGCCGAAUGGUGGCGAACGGUCUCUCUUUACACCGAUCAGACUGGUGCGAACGUUUCAAGAUCUGUUGUCGUUGCUGGUGAAUACUCUGAUCUACGUUACUCUCACGGUAACGCGCUCACGCGCCUCUCUGUACAACAAGUUAUAGCUAACGCCGUUAGAUCUGCGCCGUUACCUGUUGAUCAUAAACAAGGGAUUUACCUUAUUUUAACGGCGGAAGACGUUACCGUUCAGGAUUUUUGUCGAGCAGUUUGUGGGUUUCAUUACUUCACAUUUCCAUCGCAAGUGGGUUACACGCUCCCAUACGCUUGGGUUGGAAAUUCCGGCAAGCAAUGUCCGGAGGUUUGUGCUUACCCUUUUGCCAUACCUGGUUAUAUGACCGGAGGUGGUCCGGUGGCUUUAUCGCCGCCGAAUAGAGACGUGGGUGUAGAUGGAAUGAUCAGUGUGAUUGGACAUGAGUUAGCUGAGCUAGCUUCGAACCCAUUAGUGAACGCUUGGUAUGCCGGAGAAGACCCAACGGCGCCGACUGAGAUUGGAGAUUUGUGUGAGGGUCUUUAUGGUACCGGUGGCGGUGGUGGGUAUAUUGGGCAAGUGAUGAGAGACAGAGGAGGAAGAAGUUUCAAUGUGAAUGGGAGAAAAGGAAGAAGAUUCUUGUUGCAGUGGAUAUGGAGCCCUGUUUUGAAAGCUUGUGCUGGUCCUAACGCCAUGGAUUGAUGAAACCAAGCUAAAGAAGAAGAAGAAGAAGAAGAAGAAGAGAAGAGGUAAUUUUGAUCGGAGGACGGCGGCGCGUGGGGGAAAUGAGUGGUUUUGAAAUUGGUUAAAGAGGUGGGAAAAAGUUAAAAGCUUUACUUGAGCUUUGUUGUAAUUUUUUAUUUUUAUUUUUUUUGUUUUGAUAGUUAUAAUUUUUUUUUUCUUGAAGUGGGUAAUUUUAGAUGUAAAUAAGGGAGGAGAUUUCUCUUUUAAAAUUAUAUAUAGAGUUUUCAGAUUUUUAUAGCAUAUUUUUAUAAUAAUAUUGUUUUUUUUUGGCAUA